CAUUUCUAGACAUUUCUAUUAGGUUUUGAAAGGCACCUUUUAUUUCCAAUUUCACUUAUUUUCAUCUGCUUUUAACUUACUUAAUCAUGAAACAACUUAUUUUGGCCAACUUAUUUUUCUCCGUCCUAUGUUUUGCAGCCAUUUAUGAAACUACAUGGUUCCCUACUCUUUUGCUACUUUCCUUCUACUUUUUUUCCUUGUUUCUGAAUCUAUGUUUAGUACCAGGUGGUUUUGCAUGGAGAAAUCAUAAUUAUUUUCGAAACCCUAAAAAUUUGAGGGGUCCUAUAAGUUGGCCUUUUUUAGGGUUCUUACCUCAAAUGGGGCAUCAUUUUCAUCAAAAAUUAGCUUCAAUAGCUACUUCAUUAGACGCGAAUCGUCUCAUGGCCAUUAGUCUCGGUACUACUCGAGUCAUAAUCAGUAGUCAUCCCGAUACGGCUAAAGAGAUUUUAAGUGGGAGCUCGUUUUCCGAUCGUCCUAUAAAGGAAUCGGCUCGUUUGCUUAUGUUCGAACGUGCCAUUGGAUUCGCCCCCUCGGGGAAUUAUUGGCGCCAUCUUAGACGAAUCGCUGCAAAUCAUAUGUUCUCUCCGAGGAGGAUUUUGUGUCUUGAGGGAAUUCGACAACGUGUAGCCAAUGAAAUGAUAGAGGGAAUUUGCAAAGAGAUGAAAAUGAGAGGAUUUGUGGAGGUAAAAGGGAUAUUACAAAAAGGGUCAUUAGAAAAUGUACUAGGAAGUGUGUUUGGUUGUGAUUUAGGUUUAGUACAAGUUGAUGAAUUGGGUUUAAUGGUUAAGGAAGGGUACGAACUAAUAUCGGAAUUCAAUUGGGCAGAUUAUUUUCCUUUACGGUUUUUAGAUUUUCGAGGUGUAAAGAGAAGGUGUCAUAAAUUAGCGACGAAAGUUAACGAUCUUGUGGGUCGAGUCAUAGUCGAAAGAAGAAGAAAUGGAGUCUAUGAAAACGAAGAUGACUUCCUUAGUCUUUUGCUUUCGUUGCCCAAAGAGGAUCAACUCAAUGAUGCAGACAUGGUGGCUGUUCUGUGGGAGAUGGUGUUUAGAGGAACAGACACAGUUGCCAUCCUUCUCGAAUGGAUCAUGGCAAGAAUGGUUUUGCACCAAGAUAUUCAAGCUAAAGCCCAGAGUGAGAUUGAUAUGGUUACGGGCCGAAACGGGCCAGUCCGAGACUCAGACAUUGCCAAACUUCCCUAUCUUCAAUCCAUAGUGAAGGAAGUCUUAAGGCUUCAUCCUCCAGGCCCAUUGCUCUCUUGGGCCCGUUUAGCAACCCAUGAUACCCACGUGGACAAACACUUCAUCCAAGCUGGCACGACGGCUAUGGUCAACAUGUGGGCUAUAACCCAUGAUCCAUCUAUAUGGGCAGACCCAUGGGCUUUCAAGCCCGAAAGGUUCAUAGAGGAAGAGGUUUCUAUUAUGGGCUCAGAUUUAAGGCUUGCUCCCUUUGGGUCGGGCCGUCGUGUCUGUCCAGGAAAGGCUUUGGGCUUGGCCACGGUUCACCUAUGGCUUGCGCGACUGCUUCAAGAGUUCAAAUGGGUUCCACCAGCCCAGCCCGUCAAUCUUUCAGAAUGUUUGAAGCUUUCUCUAGAGAUGAAGAAACCCCUAAUAUGUCGUACAUUUAGCCGAUAGGGAUAUGGACAUUUGAUUCUAGCUAGUGUUUAUUCAUGGUUAGAAUGAACUUCAGCCAUUGUCUCCGUGUUUUGAAUUUAUCAUAGGACUCGUAAGAGUUCAUAUACAUGGAAGUCAAAGUCCAUGCCGAAUUUCAGCUAUUGUGUGUGAGUUGUGAAAUUAAAGUAGACUCGUAAGAGUUAUGUACUAGAAAGUUUGGUCUAAGAUUAAGGUUGGGAUGAACUUUAGCUAUUGUAUUCAUAUUGUGAAAUUAAAUGGAA